AUGCCUCCACGACCAGGCGAGGAGAUAUUGGUAAACGUACUGGCCGAUAUUCAUUACUAUUUCACUACACCGACCCCCAAGCCUCUCUAUCAUCGAUUCGAAAAAGGCUCCUAUCUAUAUGUCUACCAAGAUGUCUCGCAAAACAAGUCACGGAUCGAAAUCGCCAAUAAUCCGGGAACACCAGACCAAGAUGCGUUCCAAGGCACAUUGGAUAAUGUCCACAUAUCACACUCUGCCCAAUUUCCGACUUUAUGCACCGUGACAGUAGACGGAUACACCGGUGCACCCCAGCAAGAAGCAUCCCAGUAUGACUGGCGACUCCCAAGUACCGACGGGCAAAAUGACUUGAUUCGUCUCAACACGCUAGACAUCUACUUCUGGACCUUGGACGACGCCAACCAAUUUCUGAACUCAGUGAGCCUUGUUCUGGCAAAUGCCCAAGUAGAAACAGACCGGGACAGCGCAGCCGAGCAGUCAGAUCAGCCACUAAGCUCCGUGGUCCAGCAGCUUGAGAACGUGGCUGUCUCAGACCCCGCAUAUCAGAAUGGCCAAACACCCGACUCACGAUUCAGCCCACCAUCCGUAGCAGUACCGACUGCACAGGCUGCCCCGGCAUCCCUCAGUUUCCCUCCACCCCCUCCAAGUGGCCCAUCAGCCGAACAGCCCCAAUCUCAUGCUCAACACCCAUCAUUUUCUCAGGAACGCGAUUCCCCAGUCUCCCCGAUCACCCCAGAAGAAAGACAAGAGCCCGAGAAUGUAGCACCUGCACCACUUCCCUACAACCCAGCCGCGCCCGCUGCCCCAGAACCAAUCAAGCAUCGUGAGAAAACACCUCCGCCCCCAGAAGAUGGCACAGGUCUCGCAGCAGCAGCGGCUGCGGAUGCAGGUGUCCCAUACACACCACCACACCAAAGGGGCAACAGCGUUGGGAUAAGCUCAUUUGCACCACCACCAAGCUCAGCAUUAGGCAUGCAAUACAACACAACGGGUUAUGCAUCUCCUCCCCCAAGCGCAGGCCUGGCUCACUCAAGCACACCAAUCGCCGGUCCUGGAAGUAGUUCUGCGCUCCAGAGUCCUGUGCUCCCGUCAUACCAGCAAUCCUUCAUGAAUGGCCAACAAUUCCCUGGAGCCGGUGGCCUGUCCUUUGCACCGCCGCCGCAGGAUCCUAAUGCUCACCUGUUUGGCCAGCAGAUGUAUAAUAUGCCGCAACAAUCCCCGCCUCAACAGGCGCAUCAGCCUCCGGUUGGGUUCUCGAAUUAUUCGUAUGAUCAGUCGCAGCCGCAGCCUGUGCAACGGAGUGGUUCAGAGUAUGAUAUCCAUAGUCAGGUUUACAGGCCUACGCAGGAAGAGGUGCGUUCGCAUGCGCAGAAGCAUGCUCACAAGGCGAUGAAGGCACCUGGGGAGCGACCACAUAAAAUAGAGGAUAAGGCGCAUAAGAUGGAGGGUGGAGUGAAUCGGUUCUUGAAGAGACUUGAGAAGAAACUAGGCUAG